AAACAACUGGUUCCCAUGGCAACAGAACAGAAGCACUUCUUGGUGGAAAGUUCUUACGCUACACUUAGCGACCAAGUGUCUUUUUCAUUAAAUGUCAACAUACAGUAGCAAGACUUCGCACUAAGUACAAACCUUAUGGGACCCGGUGACCAAAACCCCAUUUUUGGCUGUUCUUCGUCAGGAGACAUCGAAGGUCUUCGGAAGCUCUUGGGAAGCACGGAAAACGAGAGCAACGAAGAAAGCACCAGAAUGCUCGAGGAGAAAGACGUCCUCGGGAGAAACGCUUUAUUUACAGCCUGCAUGCAUGGCAGGGCCGGCAUCGUGCAGGAGCUGGUGAAGUACGGAGUCACGGUGAACAGCAGCACAGUGAGAGGCUACACACCCCUGCACUGCGCCGCGCUGUGGGGUCACCUGGAGACGGUGAAAACUUUGGUUGAACUGGGUGCCGACAUCCAGUCCCCUAACUUUCGUGGCGAAAAAGCCAAAGACGUUGCCUGCCGCUAUUCUAAGACGGAGUGUGCCGAUUACCUCACAUGGGCAGAAGCCAAGCAAGACUUGCAUUCCUUCAUCAGCCAAAUAAGAGAAAUUAUUGCCGAUCCGGAAAAGGUUCAAGGGAAGCUAAAUAAAGAAGAUAAGAACACUUGUCUCAAUUCUUGCUUAACAAAAUCUGACUGGAUUCAGAAUGCUAAAAAUGCAACAGCACAGGACUUUGUGGAACAGAAGAAACACCUUGAAGAAAUCUUGAAUCCAAUUCUGGCUAAAUUGAGAAUUACAAUUCCAGAACCUUUGUCUAAAACCAUCAGAAACUGAGAAGGAAGAAACACCAAAUGCAGAAGAGAAUCAUUUGACGGAGCUACUGUAUGUAUUUCAGUUCAUGUAACAGAAUAGCAAAAUGUGUACUUAUAGGAAAUGCUGAUAUUGAUAUCAGUAUAGUAACUGCUAUUUUUUCUAGAAUGUAAUAAAGCACAAGACUUGAAUAAUUAA